CAGAAGCAGCAGAAACAGACGGUUUGAGUAAAAAAAAUCACAGAGGAACUAGUGGAGCCUCAGCUCACAGACACGGAUACCAGGAUGGAGGAAGAAAUAUGUUAUUCUGCUGUUGUUAUUAAAAAAGGAAAACCUUGUUCAGAAGAGAAAGAAGAAACAAUUUAUUCCGAAGUGAAACGUGGAAAAACGGAGGUCGUUCUGACUGAACCAACUGAAGCAGUGCUCCGGCCUCACCUGUUACGGGUGUGUUUGAUGAUCCUCUUCUUCCUCUUGGUCGGCAGCAUUGCCGCCAUCAUUUACAUUGGCGUGGAGAUGAAGAAACAGCAGGCCGACCUGAGAACCCUCACUGCAGUGAACCAGCAGCUGAUGGUGGAGAAGAGAACCCUGCAGAACCAGACCCAGGAACUGAACAGAACCAGAGAGAAUCUGAAUCGAAUGCUGGGAGUCAUCCUGACCUUCGACAACUUCCCAGUGAAAGACUUCUGUCCCAACAAGAAGUGUCAGCCGUGUCCAACCGGCUGGGUUCAGUUUGAGACAAAGUGCUUCCUGUUUUAUGAUGAAAAUCCUCCCUGGAAGAGCUGGGAUCAGAGCAGGAAGUUCUGCCAGAAUAAAGCUGCUGAUCUGGUGGUUGUUGAUAAUCUGCAGGAGCAGGAAUUCAUCAGUAACAAAGCCAGGUUCUACUUUGACAGUUAUCAUGGAUUCUGGUUGGGAUUAGAGAAAGUCAACAACGACUGGGUCUGGGUUGAUGGGCGGAACGAUACUCUCAGGUUCUGGAUGGAAGAGAACUUUGAUCCAAUGGGUCUACAUGUUCUACUGAUCCCUGGCAGGGACCCCAAAGAAAACUGGACACCAUCAGAUCCUGUGUUUCUGAACAAAUUUAUCUGUGAGCGAGAUGUUCUGAUCAGCUCCAGUUAGGCAGAGAACAGUGAUCAAAACAGAUCUCUGUUAGAAGAGACUAAAUAAUGUUUGCAUUUCAUCUCUUUCUGGAUUUUACUUCCGUUUUAUCUGUUUCCUCCUUAUGAAACUGAACAUUUUCAGUCAUAAGGAGGUUAAAAACCACCUUAAAAAGCGACAUGAUGUCAUUUCAAAACGACAACGUUACGAUAAUGAUCCUCUCUCAUCUGUGAUGAACAAACUGAACCUCUGACCUUCCUUUAAAAACUCCAGAGUUUCUCCAUGUGUUUUUGUUUCUUCACAAUUUUCUGCUCUUUUUUCUCUCAUGUCACUUUAAACCCCUAACCCUAUCUAUCUAUCUAUCUAUCUAUCUAUCUAUCUAUCUAUAAUUUUUGAAUAAUUUAGUUAUAUGUAUAGUAUUUAAUAGUAGUAUAUUGUGCAGUAUAGAAUCAUAUAUUAUGUAAUUCAUAAUUUGUUUUUUGCUUUACAUUCAUAUAUUAUCAGCUAUAUUAUCACAAGUUUUUAUUUCCUUAUUUCUGUCUUAUAAACAAGAAUAAAUUCAGAUUUGUGUGUUGGGUUCUGCAUUUCUCAUUUUUCUAUUCCAGUUGUGCCCACCAGAUGAUGCCAAACACAUUCCUUACCCUCUUUCUUAGACUAGACUGUGAUCAGCGUCCCCUGCAGGACAGUUUUAUUUUAGGCUUAAUUACCUUUAGAUCAGCAAUCAAAACUGGCAGCAAAAACUAAUUUUAAUGAUUUAACUCAUGAAAACAACACAGAAAAUAUAAAAACAUUAAACAAAACAAAGAUUAAGAUCAUUCAAACUUAUCAAACCUGCAACUUGAAUAAAUGUUUAUUCUCAUUCAAAUUAUUAUUAUUAUUAUUAUUAUUAUUAUUAUUAGUAGUAGUAGUAGU